GUGAGGAGUUCUCAUCCAAAGGUGAACGACGUUGACAUCUGGAAAGACAAACGAAACAUUUUCAUCUCGGGGUGGCUCUCCAUAUGGAGCCUCGCAUCUUGCUCCACAGUCUCACCGCUCCGGCGUCACAGACAACCUUCACGCCACUUUCACACUCAUCGAACCCCGAACUCCACCACCGCGCCGUUCCCAUGCUGUGCCCUCACUCUGAGAUGCGACAGCCCUGCUCCAUCGCCAGGAGAAUCCCCUCAGAACGCGUUGCUCCUCGCGGAUAGAGAGUAUGCCCGACGCGGGCACGCAAGGCGCCGCAGCCUCGGUGGCGGCCGCCGCCGGUGGUGGUGGUGGUGGCGGCAGCGGCGGUGGUGCGACAGCGGCCGGCGACGGACCCGAGAGCGGCCGCCACCGACACCGAACGCAGCAGGCAGAUGCGGAGAGGCCGGAGACGGCCGCUACCCCGCCGCUAAGCUCCGGCUCCGGGGUACUGGAUAAGUUGUUUGGAAAGAAGCUGCUGCAGGCUGGGAGACACGUCAUGUCUCAUAAGUCUUGGAUGAAGACGGUGCCCACAGAGAACUGUGAUGUCCUCAUGACAUUUGCAGAUACCACAGAUGACCACACGUUGCUAUGGCUGCUAAACCACAUCCGGCUGGGAAUCCCAGAGCUCAUCAUCCAAAUCCGUCAUCAUAAGCAUACGCGCAUCUACGCGUUCUUCGUCACCGCCACCUAUGAGAACUUGUUGCGAGGCGCCGAAGAGAUCGGCCUGCGGAAGGCGGUGAAGCCCGAGUUCGGAGGGGGAACACGGAACUUCUCCUGCGAGGAGGACUACAUCUAUGAGAACAUCGAGAGCGAGCUGUGCUUCUUCACCUCGCAGGAGCGGCAGAGCAUCAUUAAAUACUGGCUGGAUAAUCUACGUGCCAAAAAUGGGGAGGUGCUUCAUAAUAUCAACUUCCUGGAAGGGCAACCAAUCAUCCCAGAGCUGAGUGCACGAGGCGUGAUCCAGCAAAUGUUUCCCCUACACGAACAGCGCGUCCUGAGUCAUCUAAUGAAGUCCUGGGUCCAGGCGGUUUGUGAGAAGCAGCCCUUAGAUGAUAUCUGUGACUACUUUGGUGUAAAGAUAGCCAUGUAUUUUGCCUGGUUGGGUUUUUACACCACUUCUAUGUUGUAUCCUGCUGUGAUCGGAUUUGUACUGUGGAUGCUCACCGAAUCUGAUCAGACGAGCCGUGACAUCUGCUGCGUGGUUUUUGCACUCUUCAACGUGGUGUGGGCCACUUUGUUUCUGGAACGUUGGAAGAGGAGAGGUGCCGAGCUCGGCUAUAAGUGGGGAACUCUGGACACGCCUGCUGAGCCCCUGGAGGAACCACGUCCACAGUUCCGGGGAGUCAAGCGCUGUAGUCCUGUCACAGGAUGUGAGGAGUUCUACUAUCCGCCGUGGCGGAGACGUGUGUUCCGGUGGCUGGUCAGCUUGCCCAUCUGUCUUCUCUGUCUCUGUUUUGUCUUCCUGGUCAUGCUCAUCUGCUUUGAGCUACAGGAGUUUGUAAUGGGGAUCAAGGAAAUGCCUCGGCUGGCUCGCUUCAUCCCUAAAAUAAUGCUCGCUAUCACUGUGACUGCAUGCGAUGAGGUGUACAGGAAAAUUGCCUGCUGGCUCAAUGACAUGGAAAACUAUCGACUCCAGAGUGCCUAUGAGAAAAAUCUCAUCAUCAAAAUGGUUCUUUUUCAGUUUGUGAAUUCAUAUCUCAGCCUUUUUUACAUUGGAUUCUACCUCAAAGACAUGGAGCGGCUCAAAGAGAUGCUGGCCACUCUGCUCAUCAUCCGUCAGUUCCUUCAAAAUGUGAAGGAGGUGCUGCAGCCUUACGUGUAUGAGCGCCACAAGCUGGGCGAGCUCACUUUGCGAGCUCUGUGGGACCUGCUGCUCUCCUUGCUGCUAAAAUACGCCAGGCUGGCGGCCGGGAAAGCGCAGGCCUCGCCCGCUGACCCGGCCAUGCCAGGGCCCGGUCUGCGGGGCACGAGGCCUGGCGUGGGGCAUACAGACAAAAGGGAAAAGAAGUGUUUAAAUGGAGGGUGCGGCGUGCCUGAUGAGGAGGAGAGUGGCAAGAGAGACGAGGCUGACAGCGGGAGGUUCAGCGAAGGAGAAACCGACGAGGAAAAUCUGAUCGACUGCGGUUUGAAACUGAGGAAAGUCACCUUUAUAGAAAAGAUGGAGAGGAGGCAAGCAUGUGGCGACCAUCUCGUGGACAGCAGUUUUAUGGAAGAGGGGAGUCCGAUGAUAGUGGAAAAAGGAAUGGAGCCCAACUCUGUCUUUUCAGUGUGCGAUGAGGAUGUUGAUAAUGGCAUCCACGACGUGAAGGAGACAGGCGGAGGUGUGGCGUGCGCAGCUGAAGGAAUCAGCUACGUCGCUGCCGCCAGCGGCGCACUGCCUGCCGUCAGGGGUGAGCGCAGCGCAUCCUUGCGAAAUCGGAGAAGAGGCCGGAGCACCGAGCGGGGCCAGCACAGAACUAAGAGGGAGUCGUGGAUUGACCCUCCGGAAGUGAAAGAGAGCACUACGCUCACUCAGGCGGAGAUGGAGAGCUGCAUGCAGACUUAUGAGGACACCUUCCAGGACUACCAGGAGAUGUUUGUCCAGUUUGGCUACGUGGUGCUGUUCUCCUCGGCCUUCCCUCUGGCCGCCAUGUGCGCACUCAUCAACAACAUCAUCGAGAUCCGCAGUGACGCCUUCAAGCUUUGCACGGGUCUGCAGAGGCCCUUUGGUCUCCGGGUGGAGAGCAUUGGCCAGUGGCAGUCUGCAAUGGAAGCCGUGGGUGUGAUCGCCAUCAUUGUGAACUGCUAUCUGAUUGGUCAGUGUGGUCAGCUGCAGCGCCUCUUCCCCUGGCUAAGCCCCGAGAUGGCCAUCAUCUCAAUUGUCAUCCUUGAGCACUUCGCCAUCCUCUUGAAGUACGUCAUCCAUGUGGCCAUUCCCGACAUUCCGGCAUGGGUCAGAGAGGAGAUGGCUAAACUGGAUUAUCAGCGCAGGGAGGCCUUUAAGAAGCACGAGCGUCAGGCCCAGCAGCACUACCAGCAGCUGCAGAGGAAGAAGAGGGAGGAGGAGGAGCGGCAGAGGCAAGCGGAGCACAUGGCCCGUAGAGAAAGGGACCGGGAUGACGGCAAGGGCGACGCCUCCGCCGAGCACCACCACGACAAAAGCCACGGCGGAAAAUCGCGCUCUGGCGGCGGCGGGGGCGGGGGCGGCUCGGACAAGCCCAAGAGGCCCAGUUCACUGCUGGCCAACAACAACGUCAUGAAGCUGAAGCAGAUCAUUCCGCUGCAGAGCAAGUUCUCCUCAGGUGGAGCCCGCUCCCCUCAGUCGCCCACGGAAGCCAAGCUUCCGGGCUUCCUCAGCUUCAAGUUCCUCAAAUCACCCGAGAAUAAAAAGGAGUCCGCGGCGGCCGCCGCCAACGGGAAUACGGCAUCGUCUUCUUCUUCUUCUUCAUCAGGUAGCAGCUCACAGGAGCGUUCUCAGUCACCCAGCAAAGCCUUCAACCCCGGCAAAUUGUUUAAUUUCGGAAAAUCCGAAGCGGGGGCGUGCGCGAACGGGGCGGCCCUGCCCAGACCUGGGGAGGGAUCGUCAUCGUCACAGACGUCAGAGAGACCGGCUUCCAGGUCCGACUUGAACGGCGUCCCGGAUGAGAUCCCCUCACCGGGAGGAGAUGGCUUUGAGAACGGACACUCGAGUGAUCUGGACGCUUCCGGCCCAAAAGUCUAGUCGCGCCUUCGGUUUCACCUGAACUGAAGAACUGACGUGAGAGUUGUGGCAACAGCAGGCCGCGCUCUGUUGGACUACUUGAAGUUGAAAUUCAUUCCUGUUGUUUUUGGUUGUCCUGAACAACAAGAUACGCGUCACAACGUACACACAGGACACACAUACACACACACACACAAUCAUGUCUGCAAUACAUAAAGAAAUGCAUGAGCUGCAUUUCUUUGAUUUUUAAGCCUUCAAAGCAAAAAGCUGUGAUUCAUAAUUUCCUCUGUGGCCCAAUGUGAGCAACUUCCAAAAACUAGGAAGGGGAAAAAAAAGAGUGUUUCUCAGUCAUCUAAAAUCAAUACUAUUGUUUUUAAUAGAAAUAAUUGGCCCUUCUUUUUUUAUGUGGGGGGGGGGGGCGAAAAGCAAUAUUAAUCAAUCUCUUAAUUUUGUGUAAUGCUGCAGUUUUUCUUGUGACACCCCCCCCUCCCUCUUGAUGAAUCACCAGCUUUAUUUUCAAAGCUGAGGUGACGUCUAAGCUUUGUACACAUCUUCCCAUCUGUGGCAAGAUGGGAAUGAUUUGAAACUACAGUCAACAGAUUAGACAGUCCUGCUGUCGUUGUUUCUCAGAGAGUCAAAGAGGCGCGCAAAAAAAAAAAGGUCAUGAAAAGAAGAAACUUUGAGCAAAAGGUAGACGCAACGCAAGUCCUGCUGCUGGACCGUAGCCCACCCCUCACAGGACAGAUGGUUCUCCAUUUCAUGCUGUCGAAACACGCUUGGCGAGUGAGCGGCAAUCAAAAGCGACGCCGCAUUCGCCGCAGGAGAGCGCAGCCUGCCUCACAUUAUUAUGCAAACGGGACUGGAUAGUUUUCCUCUUUUCACUGUACACGCUAUACAAGCAGAAAGACCCAAAAAAUGGAUUUAUUUUUGCAAGGUGCUCUUAUUUCUGAAGAGCUCCAUGACAGGAUUGCUUUAUUAGUACUAUUCAUUUUAGUUUUGACCAAAAUGGAUGCUUUGUUCCACCCCCCAGUUUCUGCACUUUAGCCAACAGAUGUGCUAAACGGAUCUUUUACAGACAGAGCGGUUGUUUCCCAACCUUUUCUUUUGCAUCACAGCAAUCUCACAGUACACCAAUCAACAUGUAUGCCACAAAACGUUAAUAACACACUGAAAUAACGAUCUGAUUUGAUCUGAAUUUACUCACAGAUGGACUACUGGCCUGUGCAGUAAAUAUUACUCUGUUGUAUGGCAGAAAGGUGGCAUGGUGGAUCAGCUGGUAAAGUGUUGGCCUCACAGUUGUGAGGAGCUGGGUUCGAUCCCGGCCCUGCCUGUGUGGAAUUUGCAUGUUCUCCCCAUGCCUGCCUCCGGUUUCCUCCCACAUCCCCAAAACAUGCAACAUAAAUUGGACACUCUAAAUUGCCCCUAGGUGUGAUUGUGAGUGCGACUGUUGGUGUCGAUGUGCCCUGCGAUUGGCUGUCGACCGGUUCAGGGUGUACUCCGCCUCCUGCCCGUUGACAGUUGAAAUAGGCUCCGCCACUCCCCGCGACUCUCAUGAGGAUAAGCGGCAAAAGAAGAUGGAUUAAUGGAUGGAUGGCAACAAGCGGAUCCACAGGUUUGCAGACACGCCAUCCAGUGGAAGAUCAUUUUAUUUUUCUGGCUUCCACUGCCAAUCAUAGAUAAAUCUAGAUCCAUAAUGUGAAAUUGCAUAUCUCACGGCACACUUGACCAGCUCACAGGGCAGAAGAAUGCGCAGCAGCUGCGGCUGGGAUUCGGUGGACUAGCGCAGCUUCACAGCAAAUUUCACAAUCUAGUUUGAGAGACAUGAUCUAUGCAUUUCCACAACACUGUCACUGAUGAGGAUUUUGGCAAUAACAGACGACACUGACCUGUAAGAAUCACUCUGUCCACUUGUCACAUGGCUGUUUGCGUUGUGCGUCAUGUUGCCAAUGUCAUUAUCUGUAUCCGUAGAGGUGAGUGCGCCUCUCCUUAUCCAGCGCUAACCUCAUUUGAUUCAUUUUAACGCCAAUUAACUCUCUUCUGCAUUAACAUGGACGUGAUCGGUCCAUCAACUUUAUCGCCUCUGCAUUAAUGACAACUUUGUAAAAAAGACAUCACAUGCAAUAAGGGAAUAGACUAGAUGAUAAAGUUAUGGAUUGUUUUCAAAUAUUUGGAGGUGGGAGAAAUACAUUAAGUGCUUGGGUAUGAUUUUCCAGAGGAGCAAAGGAAAAAAAUCAAUAAUGUGUAGCUGGGCUUAAGCUCAAAAACUCAAAAUUUUCCAUCAACGAAUGCCUCCACGACUCAAAUGGUCCACUUGAACGAUUAAAAGAAGGCGCAAGGACUCGUGGAACAAGAUUUUGACUCACUAGAUACUUUUCAGGGAAACCACAAGUUCAGACUCCAGAUAUUGAUCACGUUGACCACUUGUGGAUUCAAACUAGCCUUUUUGUUUUGUUUUUGCUGCAGCAACAUCAACGCAUCAUAAUACUGUUUAUAUAUCGACUUUGUUUGAAAAUAAACGUAGAAAUAUGCCAGAGGGUCUGUUUCCUGCUUCACAAAUGCACCCACCUGUUGGGGGAGCAGAUUAAAAAAAUAAUUUUUGGGAGCAUUCCGGAGCUGAAGAAUUUUGAGGUUUCCCUGUAAUUGUUGGACGUGAACAUUUGCUUGUCUGCAACACCACAAAUAUCACAAUCAUCAUCCAUUAAUGCCUCAUUUACAGAUCACCAUCAGGCUCUUCCAAUGUAACACCGAACAAAAACUCUUGAAGACUAACCGGGA